UUGGAACAGAUUGGCCUGUCCGACGCAUUCGACACCGUUGUGUGCAGCGAAGACGUUGGGAGAUCCAAGCCCAAUCCCGCAUCCUACCUCAAGGCCCUUGACGACCUUGGUGUGGUGGCAGACGAAGGGUUCGCCCUGGAGGACUCCCCAACCGGCGUUCAAGGAGCUAAGAACGCUGGCCUGCUCUGCGUAGCCGUCCCCGGCGCCAUGACCCGUGACCGCUCGUACGACCACGCCGACAUGCGUAUCGAGUCGCUGGCCGACGUGCCGCUUGAGGAGCUGAUGGAGGCGCUGUCGUGA